GCGUUUCCAGCAAAGAUAUUUGUCCGCCUCAUCUCCCACUUCGGUGCGCUGCGUUCUCUAUCUCUCUCUCUCACAUCUUCCACUUCGGUGCGCUGCAUUCUCUCUCUCUCUCUGUCUCUGCCCAUUUUCGCCACGGCGAUCGUCUUCGGUUUGGCUUCUGGAGUUUGAUUGCUCAGACUUCUGUAUCCCAGAGGCUCCAAGAUCGACAGUUUCUAGCUGGUAAAUAUCUUCUAGUGUUUGGAGCUCAAAUAGCAGCCGAAGUUUGUUUGAGAGCUGAAUCUGACCUGAAAGUUCCGGGCCCAAUUUGUGGACAUUCAGAUCUGUAACUCUGUCAGAGAUAAGAAUUCAAGACUAUGUCUUUCAUCGGCACACAACAAAAGUGCAAGGCCUGUGAGAAGACUGUUUAUCCUGUUGAGCUGUUGUCUGCUGAUGGAGUUCCUUAUCAUAAGUCGUGCUUUAAGUGCAGUCACUGCAAAGGAACGCUCAAGCUGAGCAAUUACUCCUCAAUGGAAGGUGUUCUAUACUGUAAGCCUCACUUCGAGCAGCUUUUCAAGGAGACGGGCAACUUCAACAAGAACUUCCAAUCACCUGCAAAGUCAGCUGAGAAGUUAACUCCAGAGCUGACAAGGUCGCCUAGCAAAGCGGCCAGCAUGUUUUCUGGGACACAAGAAAAAUGUGCAACUUGCGGUAAAACGGCUUAUCCACUUGAGAAGGUAACUGUGGAGAGCCAGACCUAUCAUAAGUCAUGUUUCAAGUGCUCUCACGGUGGCUGUGCCAUAACUCCCUCCAAUUAUGCAGCCCUUGAGGGUAUUUUGUAUUGUAAACACCACUUUUCCCAGCUCUUUAAGGAGAAAGGAAGCUACAACCAUCUCCUCAUCAAAUCGGCAUCAAUGAAGCGCCCGACACCCUCUGUUCCAGACGCAUGAAACUCAUAUCCUUCCUUCCAUCCUUUUCUGCUUGGCCAUGGUCUGUUUUGAGUGUUCAUCUUUGUGAUUUCUAUUUUUAUCCUGGAGAGCUUCUGUCCGGCCGUUUGGCAUCCUAUUUCUGCCAUUUAACUUGGCAUCUUCUUCUUGUUUGACUGAUAUAUGUGAGCUGCACAUUUCCAUAUUUGUGAAAUGACUUUUGGCAACACUUGCCACAAAUGGAGCUGUUACUUCAGUUUCAUCUCUUCCUAACAACGAUUUGGUUAAUGGAAGUUCAAUCUGAGUUAUUGUUAUAAA